GGAGAGUAUUAAGGGACCAGUAGUACCUUCUAGUGUACAGUGCCCUGUGGAGAGACGUUAUCAUGCUAUUACUAGUAUCAUCAGUGACUCACCUACACUAGUAAUGAUAGGUGGAGAGGGUAAAGAUGGUCAACUAGUAAAUGAUAGUUGGUUACUGAAUACUAGUCAGUACCAGUGGAGUAAGAUUGUUCUACCUGAAUCUGUUACUGGUAGAAAGGCUCAUUCCUUAUCAUCAAUAAUGAUGAGUCCAGACUGUGUGUGGUUGGUGGUAGUGGGUGGGAGAGGAGCAACUGAAUGGAAAGAUGUAGGAAGAGGAUACAAGCAACCAUUUUCUGACUAUAUCACUGAUCCUAAUAUCACAAUGUUAAUAGAACUAGUUUUAAGAGAAGGUGAAUGGAGAGUAAGUGAAGUACUAGAUUCUACUGGUCUGACUACUGAGGCCUAUCAAGACAAGUAUCAGUUAUUAUUAAAGAAGAGACAAUGGUGGCAAGAUCAGUUUAUAGUAUACCCUACAGAGAGAGAAGUAAAACUACAAAAUUAUGUGGAAUCGUUGCAGCAGGAGUUAAGAGUUUCUGAGGGAAACAAGACCUCACUGCAGGAAGCACUCCUUGAGGCUAGUCAGCAAGACAAGACAAGAGUAAAAGGAGUGAAAGAAACUAAACUAUCUUCAACUAAAGAGGAAGUGUCUACUGGACCAACUGAUGUUUAUAAAGAUAAUGAUGAUGUUAAAGGAGAGGAGAAGGAGAAGGAGCAGACAACAGAAACUAAACAAACAACCAGUGAAGAAGAGAUUGAGAAACUUAAAGCUAAAGUUGUUGAUAGUGAAACUUAUAUAGCCAUACUGACAGAGGAGAAAACUGUAACUAAUGAAGAGAAUGAGAAACUUAAAUCUCAAGUAUCAGAGAAAGAUAUGCUGAUAGCUAAACUGAUGAAGGAGAGGGCAGCAGGAAAAGAGAUUAGUUCUAUUGGUAUUCAGUUUGAUUAUAUGUGACCAUAAUUGACAAAA